AUGGGCCCGCUGCCGAAACUGUCAUACGGUGCGUCGUCCCCCGAAAAGAUUCCGAAGCUUGGAUCCUGGGACUUGCAGGAUGUUGUGUUCGCCGCCCCAGCAAAGUUCAAGGACCUCUGGAUGCUGACAAUGCCGAACUGCUUUGGCAACAAGAAAGCUAAAGUUAUAGACGUCUACUCGGCCCUCGCCAAGCGCCUGAAGGCCCAUGGUCUUCAAUUUGAAGAUGGUCUCAAGUAUGACGAAGAGGGAAAACCUACUGACCACAGCGACCAUAUCUGUAACGAGGGCUCACUCUUCCCGAAAGAAGAGGCCGGCCAUAACUCUGAGGAAAUCGUGAGGAGGUUCCUCAACAAGCAUGUCUCCGGCCCUAACGAUUGCGGCUUCAUCCUCAUCCCAGAAAAGAGCUACGAAACCUAUGCAAUGGUCAAAAGGAUAGCAGACUUUGGCGGUAGAAACGUCCUCUUGGCAGUCGGCUCCAAGUUUCUACAGGCCAAGCCAGACCAGUUCCUGUCGAACCUCGCCCUCAAAGUGAACAUGCGAUUCGGCGGAGAUAACCAUCAUUUCAGUCCGGCGGACUUCAACAAGAUCUUGAGCCUGGAGACAAGAAAGAACACGAUCGUGAUCGGUGCAGAUAUCGCCCACUGCGGUGGUGGUGGUAAGGAAGGAAGCCCAAGUAUCGCUUGUCUUGUCGGCAGCAACGACUCUGCCUUCAUGCCAUGCCCUGGCUCCAUGAGGCUGCAACGCGGCGGCCAAGAGGUAAGUGCAGCCUGUAUAUAA